AUGGUGCGUGAACAGUACACCACAACCACAGAAGGCACCCACAUAGAGAGGCCAGAGAACCAAUGUGUCUACAAAAUUGGCAUUUAUGGCUGGAGAAAGCGUUGCCUCUACUUAUUUGUUCUUCUUUUACUCAUCAUUCUCCUUGUGAAUUUUGGUCUUACAAUUUGGAUUCUUAAAGUGAUGUGGUUUUCUCCAACAGGAAUGGGUCACUUGCGUGUUACAAAUGAUGGGCUUCGCCUGGAAGGGGAAUCUGAGUUUUUAUUCCCAUUGUAUGCCAAAGAAGUACACUCCAGAGUGGACUCGUCUCUACUUCUACAGUCUACUCAGAAUGUGACUGUAAACGCACGAAACUCUGAAGGAGAGGUCACAGGCAGAUUAAAAGUGGGUCCCCAGAUGGUAGAAGUCCAGAGUCAACAGUUUCAGAUCAAUUCCAAGGAAGGCAAAUCACUUUUCACUGUAGAUGAGAAGGAAGUUGUGGUUGGUACAGACAGACUUCGAGUAACUGGACCCGAAGGGGCUCUGUUUGAACAUUCAGUGGAGACACCCCUUGUGAAAGCCGACCCAUUUCAGGAGCUGAGGUUAGAAUCUCCCACACGGAGCCUAAGCAUGGACGCCCCAAAGGGUGUUCAUUUUAAAACUCAUGCUGGGAAAAUCGAGGCCCUUUCCCAAAUGGAUAUCAUUUUUCACAGUCGUGAUGGAAUGCUUAUGCUUGAUGCUGAAACUGUGUGUUUACCCAAGUUGGAACAGGGGACGGGGGGUCCUGCUGGCAGCUCACAAAGACUCUAUGAAAUCUGCGUGUGUCCAGAUGGGAAGCUUUACCUGUCUGUGGCUGGCACGGCCACCACGUGCCCUGAAAACAGCCACGUCUGUCUCUAGACCAUCCUCAUCUUCCAUGGGACACCUGCCUCGUUUCUCUGGGCUUUUAAAGUACUGACCUCAAGCCUUCAGUUAGAGCAGCUUGACGACCUGUAAAACUGAGAUGGCAGGUGGAAGGACACACUUUCAAAAGGAGCUCAGAAAACAAAAUGAACCAACGCAGUUGCCAGGACGAAUAGCGUAUGGAUGUUAGACACAGGUCAAAGGAUUUGAGAAGAUAGGAUAUGUGUUUAUUCUCCUAGGUUGGUUCAUUUUCAUCAGAACCAUGUGACUGUUCUUUGCUUGUUCAUGUCAAUCUACAAUGAAAUAUUGAACUGCUGUGUGAAAUUAAUUUAUGAUGUUCAACGGUGGAUAUAUAACUCCCCCUAAAAGUAGCACUGGCCAGUACUAAAAUGCCCCAAAGUUCUGUGACGUGUUUUCAUUAUAUCACACAAACCCGAGUUCUCCAUUUUAAUGCAAAGCAUGUCAGGUUUCACAAGAAGAUCUUCAGGUUUCAAAGAUUUUAAGGUUGAUCUGAUUUUUAAUAUGUACUCAAAGGAAUAAAUUAUACAAAAUCAAUCAUGCUUUCUUUAUAUAUCGUCAAUGAGCAAUAAAAACCUACAUUUUUCACAAACUUCAGUUUGAGUGUCUUACUCUCUUUAAUCCUCACAACUCUUUGAGGUAGGUAUUAUUUUCCCCCAAGUGACUGGUGAUAAAAAAAGGCUCAGGUAGGACAAGUCACAGGGCUAUAGAGUAUCUACUGAAAUUAAACUAAAACAGGACCUACAUUUGAACAGCUGUUUUCACUUCGAAAAACUUCCAUAUGUUGU